AUGGCUGCCACGAAGCACUCCCUUGCCGACAGCGAGGUCGCCGUCCGGCCCUCCAAGAAGACCAAGGUCGAGAACGGCGACAAUGCCGACAAGGCGCAGCUGAAGAAGGAGAAGAAGGACAAGAAGAAGGAAAAGAAGGACAAGAAGCGCAAGGUCGAGGAGGAGUCUGAGCCUGCGGCCAGCGGCGACAGCAACGGCAACAGCGCCGACGAGGAGGCGCUGCGCAAGGCGGAGAAGAAGGCCAGGAAGGAGAAGAAGCGGGAGAAGAAGGAGAAGAAGCUGCAGGCCCAAGAGGAGGGGGCCUCCGACUCCCAGGACGUCGCCAUGGCCGAUGCGAAUGGUGCCGACGAGGCGCCCGUCGAGGAUAAGAAAAAGUCCAAAAAGGACAAGAAGAGCAAGACCAAGCCCGCCGCAGCGGCCGGCAACAGCGGCGCCUACGUCCAGACCAUGAGCCUCUCGAGCGUCCCCCAGGCCGACAUCGACGCCUUCCUCGCCGAGCACCAAAUUACCAUUACCGACCCCCGCAACAAGGACGCGCCGCUCCGACCCGUCACCGAGUUCGACCACCUGCCGUCGACGAACCUGCUCGAGAAGAAGCCCUCGCCGUUUGCCAAGUUCAAGGCCCCGACACCCAUCCAGGCCGCGUCCUGGCCGUCGACGCUGAGCGGCCGCGACGUCGUCGGCGUCGCCGAGACCGGCUCCGGCAAGACCAUGGCGUUUGCGCUCCCCUGCGUCGAGGCCGUCUCCGCCAUGGGCACCCGCGGCACCAAGGCCGUCAUCGUCUCGCCCACGCGCGAGCUCGCCAUGCAGACGCACGAGCAGCUCGCCAGCCUCGCCGCCCUCGCCAAGCUCAAGUGCGUGUGCCUGUACGGCGGCGCCUCCAAGGACGACCAGCGCAACCUGCUCGGCCGCGGCUGCGACAUCAUCGUCGCCACGCCCGGCCGCCUCAAGGACUUCAUGUCCGACGGGACGGUGGACCUCAGCGGCGCUGCGUUCGUCGUGCUCGACGAGGCGGACCGCAUGCUCGACAAGGGCUUCGAGGAGGACAUUAAGCAGAUCCUGGGCGCGUGCCCCGCGCGCGAGAGCCGCCAGACGCUCAUGUUUACGGCGACGUGGCCGCAGUCGGUGCAGGCGCUGGCUUCGACCUUUAUGGUGGAGCCCGUCAAGGUGACCAUCGGCUCCGGCGGCAAGGAGACUGAGAACGGCUCUGUCGAGCUGCAGGCCAACAUGCGCAUCACGCAGCGCGUCGAGGUCGUCGACGGCCGUGACAAGGAGUUCCGCCUGCUGCAGAUUCUCAAGCAGCACCAGCAGGGCAAGGCCAAGAACGACCGCAUCCUCGUCUUCUGCCUGUACAAGAAGGAGGCCACGCGCGUCGAGGGCUUCCUCGCCCGCAAGGGUGUCCGCGUCGGCGGCAUCCACGGCGAUCUGAGACAGGAGCAGCGCACGCGCAGCCUGGAGGCGUUCAAGACGGGCCAGACGCCUGUUCUUGUGGCGACGGACGUUGCCGCCCGUGGCCUGGAUAUUCCCGAGGUGAAGCUGGUCAUCAACGUCACCUUCCCCCUGACCAUCGAGGACUAUGUCCACCGCAUUGGACGAACGGGCCGUGCCGGCAACACGGGCGAGGCCAUCACCCUCUUCACCGCGCAGGACAAGGCGCACUCUGGAUCACUCGUCAACAUCCUCAAGGGCGCCAACCAAGAAGUUCCCGAGGACCUGCUCAAGUUUGGCACCACGGUCAAGAAGAAGACGCACGACAUGUACGGCUCCUUCUUCAAGGACGUCGACAUGAACCAAAAGGCGACCAAGAUUACGUUCGACUAG